AUGUCGAAUCUGAUGCACAAAGUCAAGGAUGCCUUAACUGGCCAUCAUGACUCGGACCAGCAGACCUCAUCCAAGCAGGACUCGUACGACCCCAACAGGGCGUCUAUGAACGAGGCUCGGGAUACCGGUCGUGAUGCAUAUGACUCGGCAAAGGACUAUGGCUCGAGCAGCUACAACGAGGGCACCAAGGGUUCGGGCAAUACGUCGAAUCUGGGCUCAGAUACCUAUGGCUCUGGCAGAAUGGGUGAUACCCAUGGAACUUCCAACAUGGGCUCUAACACCUAUGGUUCCUCCACUGGCACGGGCAACUAUGGCUCCGGCACUGGCGACAGGAUGGAUGAAACCCGCGACACUCUUGGAUCUAGCGGCUACGGCUCGGGCAUGCAGGACACCCAGAGACAGUCUGGCACCUAUGGUGGCUCCGCAAUGGAUUCCAGCAAGCAUGGAUCCAGUGGCUACGGCUCGGGCACCCAGAAGCACACCAGCGAUACUCUUGGAUCCAGCGGCUACGGCUCGGGCAUGCAGGACACCCAGAGGCAGACUGGCACCUACGGUGGCUCCGCAAUGGAUUCCAGUAACUACGGCUCCGGCACUCACCAGCAAACUCGCGACACUCUUGGAUCCACUAUGGACUCGGGUAAUUAUGGCUCUAGCGGCUAUGGCUCUGGUAUGCAGGACUCCCAGAAGCACACUGGCACCUACGGUGGCUCCACAAUGGAUUCCAGCAAGCAUGGAUCCAGCGGCUACGGCUCUGGACCCCAGAAGCACACCAGCGACACUCUGGGAUCCACUAUGGACUCGGGCAAUUAUGGCUCGCAGGCUGGAACUGGGAACUACGGCUCUGGCGCCGACACCUAUGGCUCAGGUACCGCAGGCGGCUAUGGAUCGAGCAACAUGAAGAGUGGCACGACCGAGUCGAAGAUGGGCAACAAGAUGGACAGCGAGCUCGACAACCGCGGCUACGGAGGAACCACUGGAUCUCGCCAGACCGGUGGCGACACCUCCGGCAACACCUACGGCACCACCGCUCGCGACUACGGCACCACCGGAGGGGCCACUGGAGAUAGCUAUGGCAGCGGCACAAAGACCUACAACACGCGCUCCACGGCCAACCAGAUGGACAACCGCGCUGAGCAGGGGCUCGACAGCCGGACUGGCCAGCAGGGGAGCUUCGCCGGUGGUAAUGCUCCUGCCUCUGGCUCCAGCGGCAAGCGACGGACUUCCGGUCCGCACAGCUCUAGCCUGCUGAACAAGCUUGAUCCCCGGGUUCGCAGCUCGGAUUACGAGAACCAGAACACGGCUGGUAACCAGCGAGGUGGAUUCUAA